UAGCUCUCCAUUAGGUCGUGGUUAUAAGACAUACUCUCCUCGUCCACCUCUCUGCGACAUACCAAUAGCGUCGGUAGAGUAGAGUCUUCUUACUUGGCCAUCAUGACGUCGACAUCUACUAGUUCAGCAGCUACCACAUCGGCUUCAGCUGCUGCUGCCGCCGAAGCCGCUGAGGCUGCCUUCUUCGCGGCGCGGUUGAAGGUGAACACACAGGCUGUGAUUCAUUAUGCUGCCUCACUGAGUGCCCUCAUCGGCGUCUUCAUUAUUGCUCAUUGGCUUCGUUUUAUAUUCGUCAAGGUCGGCUGGUCCCGUUCCAAAAACCCGAUCCUGCUGCCCUUUCUCGCCGUAACAAGAAUUACUAGAAGACUUUUCGUUCGAAGCUUCCCUGGGUUCACCUCAGUCGGACAUGCCAUCCUCGUGACCGUCUACGUAGCUAUGAAUGCGCUUUUCGGUUUCUAUAAUGUCGACUACAGCUCAUAUCCUAACUUGGCUGCUCGUCUUGGGUGGAUGGCGGCAGGAAAUAUGGUCUUCGUGGUUUUUCUUGCUCUGAAGAAUACCCCACUUGCUAUUCUUACAUCCUACUCUUACGAGCGACUCAAUGUCCUUCACCAAAUUGCCGGGUACACUACCUUUGUGUGCGUUAUUCUUCAUGGGUCCAUAUAUUGCGCCUACUUCACCGAGGAAGGGAGAACAGAAAUUUUCCGCGAGGAAGUCGUCACAGCCGGUAUAAUUCUUGGGUUCGCCGUGCUUUUCACGACCCUAGCCGCCACGAUCCUGAGACGACUCAACUAUGAACUUUUCUAUAUCAUCCACUUGGUCCUGUUCCUGCUAAUUGUCGUCGCCAUGGGUUUACACCGUCCUAGCUUUAAGGCCGAACAAACAUUAUACGCCACGGUCAUACUUGCUGCAUUGUGGUUCGGCGAUCGCCUCAUCCGAUUCUGUCGGCUGGCUUAUAACAGUAUCAACAAUGAAGCUACUGUCUAUGCCCUACCCAAUGGUGGCACUAGAAUAGUGCUCAAGAAGCCCAUCCCACGCGCUCGACCUGGAAAACAUUGUUAUGUCUGGCUCCCAAAAAUACGCACCUUCGAAACGCAUCCUUUUACCAUCGUAGCUAACGACCCCAUGGAGCUCAUUAUCAACACAUACAGUGGUUUCACUCGGGAUCUUCAUAAGUAUGCUACCCAGAAUCCCGGGGCAAAUCUAAAGGUCUCGGCCGAAGGUCCAUACGGAACUUUACCCGAUCCACUGGACUUUGACAAGGUUGUCUUGGUUGCUGGCGGUUCUGGCGCAACUUUCACAUUUGGAAUGGCCGCCGAUACGCUACAGCGAAUGUCCGAAGAUUCUAGGCAGCGAAUCGACUUCAUCUGGUCCGUUAAGGGGCAUGAAAACAUAUCAUGGUUUACGCAUCAUCUGGAUAAUCUUCGCAGCCACUUCCAUGCCCCGAAAAUUGCACUUAAGGUGCACGUUACUAGAUUAACGCCCGCCUCUACGACCGCCCGUGGUGGAUCCCUAGAACGCCACUCAGAUUCGUCAGAGUCCUCGUCGCACAUAGAGCCUUCGUCGUUAGAGAAGAGCGAAGAAUCCGGAAUCAGCGGGCCUUCGUCUUCUGCUGCCACGCGUUACGAAUCCGAUGGGGACGAGAAAAACGCGACACGGCAAGGUGAUACUUCUUCGGUAGCAACAAGCAUGACGGACUUGCCCAUCAUUCAUGGCAGACCCGACACAGAAUCAGAAAUCAAAGCGGCGGUGCGAUCGUUAGGUAAGAACCAGCGAGUCCUUAUCGCCGCUUGCGGACCCGACAGCCUUACCAAAGUGGUACGCAACGUAGCUGCUAGCUGCAUCAGCGUUGACGGCCCCGCGAUCGAAGUUCACAUCGAACAGUUCGGUUGGUAAUUUAUUUCAUGAACGUCAUGGGCUACGAAUACCUUUACGUAUAGGUGGGGCUUUUAUGAGGUUUUUAGCACCAUCGGCAUCAUUUUGGAUUAGACGGCGUCUUCGGAUAUAUCACUUCACUACAGCU